AUGCCGGUGCAGGCCGCCCAGUGGACCGAGUUCCUGUCCUGCCCCGUCUGCUACAAUGAGUUUGACGGCAGCGGCCACCAGCCCAUCAGCCUGGGCUGCUCCCACACCGUGUGCAAGACCUGCCUGCACAAGCUGCACCGCAAGGCCUGUCCCUUCGACCAGACCCCCAUCAGCACGGAGCUCCACCUGCUACCCCUCAACCACGCACUGCUGCAGCUGGUGGGGGCUCAGGUGCCGGACGUCCAGCCGGUGUGUCUGAGCAGCGCAGAGGAGGCGGAGCACUACGAGGUCUGCAGGAUGUGUGUGGAGGAGUUAGCUCUGUACCUGAAGCCCAUCAGUGGAGCCAAAGGCUCGGCCGCCCUGAGCCCCAGCCUGCUCAGCCGGCCCAUGCAGAGGAAGCUUGUUACCAUGGUGAACUGCCAGCUGGUGGAGGAGGAGGGGCGUGUGCGGGUGGUGCGGGCGGGCCGGUCGCUAGGGGAACGCACGGUGACGGAGCUCAUCCUGCAGCACCAGAACCCCCAGCAGCUCUCCGCCAACCUCUGGGCGGCGGUGCGGGCCCGGGGCUGCCAGUUCCUGGGGCCGGCAAUGCAGGAGGAUGCGUUGAAGCUGGUUCUGCUGGCGCUGGAGGACGGCUCAGCGCUGUCCAGGAAGGUCCUGGUUUUGUUUGUGGUCCAGAAGCUGGAGGCCCGCUUCCCCCAGGCCUCCAAGACCAGCAUCGGACACGUGGUGCAGCUCCUCUACCGGGCGUCCUGCUUCAAGGUGACUAAGCGCGAUGAGGACUCGUCGCUGAUGCAGCUGAAGGAGGAGUUCCGGUCGUACGAGGCGCUGCGGCGAGAGCACGACGCGCAGAUCGUCCACAUCGCCAUGGAGGCGGGCCUGAGGAUCUCCCCGGAGCAGUGGUCCUCCCUGCUAUACGGCGACCUGGUCCACAAGUCCCAUAUGCAGUCCAUCAUCGACAAGCUGCAGUCUCCCGAGUCGUUUGCCAAGAGUGUCCAGGAACUGACCAUCGUCCUGCAGAGGACCGGAGACCCCGCCAACCUCAACAGCCUGCGGGCCCCUCUGGAGCUGCUGGCCAACAUCGACCACAACCCAGAUGAACUCUCUGUUCUUCUACCUCAUGCAGAUGCCCCGGCGCCGUCGUGGGAGGACCUAGAGAGUGUGAUGCUAGCGGUGAAGCUGGUGAUCCAGGGACUGGUGGAGUUCAUCCAGAACUUCAGCAAGAAGAACCAUGAAAGUCCACAGCCUCAGGCCAACAGCAAGUACAAGACCAGUAUGUGUCGGGACCUCCGCCAGCAAGGGGGCUGUCCCAGAGGAACCAGCUGCACCUUCGCACACACACAGGAUGAGUUGGAAAAGUUCCGACUGAGAAACAAGAAGAUCAGCAGCGCAGGUCGCCCCUUCCCCUUGUCCCAGGGGAUUAUGGGUAAGACCGUGACCAGCGGUGAGGGGGAAGAGCUGUCGGCGGGGGAGGGCCAGGCGUACCAGAGGACGCUGGAGAAGGCGGGGCCCGCUGCCUCAGAGACGGUUCCCACGGCGAUGUGCCAAGCCCAUCUCCUCCUGAAGAGCUCCUCGGGAACGGAGGAGAUAAUGAGGGGGACCGUCAACGGGGCCGGGGGGGACUCCGCCGGUCUGUCUGGGUCCAGCAGGUCUUCCGCAGGCUCCAUGGAACAGGCGCUGGCCUCUCCUCCCAGGACCCCGGUGAGGAACCCUUCCCCAUCGUCCUCCAUGGCAACCGUUGGACACCAGGAGUGUGGCGCUUCCAUGCCCAAACAAGGGCAUUUCCUGCUCCGGGCUACACAGCCUUCUCAGACAUCAGAGCUGUACUACCAGGAAAAUCAUCCUUACCAGACCUCCACCUCCUUCUACCCCUCCUCCCUCCACCCGCCCCACAAGCCCUGUCUGGCCCGCUUCCUGCGCUCCUCCAACGUGCAGGAGUCACACCUCCCCCCCUCCCCUUACCCCGCAGACCCCCAUCAGUCCUCCACCUCGUCCUCCUCUUCAUCGCCCUCCUCCUCCUCCUCCUCCUCUGCGUACGCAGCGCCUCCAUCCAGAGACCGGCUGGGGCCCCCCGCCUACCACGCCCACCCCCACCCGGGGCCGCACCAUCAGUACGGGCCCCUGGCGGCGGGACACUGCGUCUACGCCCCCCUGUACGACAGCAGGAGGGUGUGGAGGCCACAGCUGUACCACAGAGAGGACGCCAGGAGCAACUCCCUGCCCCCGGAGGUGCUGCAUGCGUCAGUGUACCAGCCGCCGCUGCGCGAGAGGUUCAACUCCUUAGACAGCAACUACUGCUCCGGUGUGGAGCACCGCCCAGGGCUGCACCAGGACUAUGGUCACGUUCCCCUCGGUUACGAGGAUCUGUUCAGGAGGAAGCAGGAGCAGUGGACCCAUCACCACCACCAUCACCACCAUCACCAUGGCAACACAAACAGGCCCUCCCAGUCCUCCCCCAUCUUCACUGUUGACUUCAGCUCAGAGCAUGUGGAGAACAGUGGGGGUCCGUGUGUGGGCUGCCGAUUCCGAGCGGAGGACAGCCUGGCCCACUACUCCCCCUGGUCCUGCAGCACCGUCCGGCCCUGCAUCAGCCCCUUCGAGCCCGACAGCCAGGGGCCCGGCCCCGCCCGGCCCUGCUCAGAGCGCUCGGAAGUGGACAGCAAAGGAGCAGGAAGUGGCAGCGUUGGCGGCGGGGACGCAGGGAAGCGGUGGCUGGCCUCCCUGGACCCCUACAGGCGACUGAAGGAAGAGGACCCCAUCAUUCCGUUUGGCGAGGGGCCCAUCAUCUCCAAGUGGGGGGCCAUCUCCCGGGCGGCCAGGACCGGCUACCACACCUCCGCCCCUGUCCAGGCCACGGCCUGCCAGGGCAGCGCCUCCACCACACCCAUCAGCCUCAGAGACUACGUCCCUCACUUGGAUCACAGCGACUACCGCUGGAGCUCCAGAGGUUCUGACUCCUCAAGUCACUCCAGCUUCCUAGAGAGUGAGCAGCUGUGCGUGUCAGACCUGGCCGCCCCCCGCAGGUCCCUGAGUGGCGAGGACCUGCCGACCCACCACCAGACGGCCUACAGCCAGGACCGGGAGCAGCCCAGCGAGCGCCCCCGCGGCCAGACAGAACCGGGUCGGGACAUCGAGCUGGAGCUGUCGGUGCUGGACCUGGAGGACUCGGACGCGCAGCCGGUCCAGUCCCAGGAGUCGUCUCAGGACCCCUCCUCCCUCCUCCUCCUGCAGCCCCCACCUCCCCCCUCCUCCUGCUCUGUCCCCCUACCAUCCCCUGAGGACGAGCAGGCCAGGCCAGACAAGGUGGACGCUCACCUGCUGAAGAAGAUGGCGUUCAGAAUGUCCCCUGGAGGUUUGAUGUCGGAGGGUCUUGGUGUUAGUAAACUGAUGCUGCGGACCAGACCACCUCGGCGGGGGAACACAGGGAGCUGCCCCCCCACCACCCUGGGAGCAGAGAUGCUGCUCAAUGGAAGCUAAGAAGACAAACACAGGCUGCGGAGUCAUAGACCUUGACUACUGAAGACAGAGUCAUAGACCUUCACUAAUGAAGACACACAGAGUCAUAGACCUUCACUACUGAAGACACACAGAGUCAUAGACCUUCACUACUGAAGACACACAGAGUCAUAGACCUUCACUACUGAAGACACACAGAGUCAUAGAGCUUCACUAAUGAAGACACACAGAGUCAUAGACCUUCACUACUGAAGACACAGAGUCAUUGAGCUUCACUACUGAAGACACACAGAGUCAUAGACCUUCACUACUGAAGACACAGAGUCAUUGAGCUUCACUACUGAAGACACACAGAGUCAUAGACCUUCACUACUGAAGACACACAGAGUCAUAGACCUUCACUACUGAAGACACAGAGUCAUAGAGCUCCACUACUGAAGACACACUGCGUCCCAGACCUUCACUACUGAAGACAUACAGAGUCAUAGAGCUCCACUACUGAAGACACACAGAGUCCCAGACCGUCACUACUGAAGACACACAGAGUCAUAGAGCUCCACUACUGAAGACACACAGAGUCAUAGAGCUCCACUACUGAAGACACACAGAGUCCCAGACCGUCACUACUGAAGACACACAGAGUCCCAGACCUUCACUUCCGAAGACACACAGAGUCAUAGACCUUCACUAAUGAAGACAAAGAGUCACAGACCUUGACUACUGAAGACAGAGAGAGUCAUAGACCUUCACUACUGAAGACAGAGUCAUAGAGCUUCACUACUGGAGAUAUUAAGAGUCACAGACCAUUACUACUGAAGACAUACAGAGUCUUAGAGUUUCACUACUGAAGUCACACAGAGUCAUAGACCAUCACUACUCAAGACAGAGUCAUAGACCUUCACUACUGAAGACACAGAGUCAAAGACCUUCACUACUGAAGACACACAGUCAUAGACCUCGACUACUGAAGACAGAGUCAUAGAUCUUCACUACUGAAGACACACAGAGUCAAAGAGCUUCACUACUGAAGACACAGAGUCAUAGAUCUUCACCACUGAAGACACAGAGUCAUAGAGCUUCACUACUGAAGACACACAGAGUCAUAGAUCUUCACUACUGAACAGUCCUGUUGCCUGCCUCACUGAUACAGGGUAGGAUCACCAAGUUCAUCUCGCGUAUUUCUUUGUUUUGUUUAUCUAUUCUCCUGUAGCAACUUAAGUGGCCAAUAGGCUCUGUGGCUUCCAAUAACCCAAGAGAUGAUUGGCAGGAGUGAUGAGUUAUUAACAUUGACCGCCCCACCCACCUUGUGACCUUAUCUGUGGGUUUCACAUUGCCUUGCAAGUUAAGUUCAUCCAUGUUGUUUCCCCCUGAUUACAUUAAGGUUGUGCUGUGGCCAACGCUUUUCAGCCACAUAACCUUAGGGUCAUCGGCCCAAUGGACAUUAUGCUCUUUUUGUUGCGUGUAGCUUCCGUUGUCAAUUUUCGUCAAAUGCACGGGUGUUGCUGUCAUUUUAUUUUUUAACUGGUAGACAUACGUUGCAAGCCUCGUUCGGCAUUCCCAUGUUCCGUUUAAUGUAAAAAAUGUCAGAAUAUCAAAUGAACAGCUUUAAGCAGCUUUAUGAAAGCUAUCAUAGACUGUUGGCUGUUGACUGUCAUUAUUUUACAAUAACUAGUAUCUACAUUAACUAUCAAACUCUAAAAUUACCCCUCACUAUAAAUUCCAACAUCGGUUCUUCCCAAUCAGUUAUUAUUAGAUCUUGUUUUGAAGUUUGUUCUGUUUUUCUGCGUGAUGUUUGCUCAUGAUGCUGUUCAACUCACCACAAUCACAAAGCUUCUGCCUGUGCAGACUUAUGCUUACAGACACACAGACGCACAAGGCUGUUUCAUUGUCUGGCUAGUCAAAUGACCCGUAAGCCCAUGACAAACUCCCAAUUCACCAGUACCCCACGGGAGCCUGGGAAACAACAGAAUACUGUUCGAAGCAGAGCUUCUUACCUACGCACUUUCACUGUCAUCGAAGGUGGUCUUUUGGUUAUAGUUUACAUAUUCCAACAUCAUUUCUACCUAAAAUAUCUUGGUCGGUCAGUGUAAUAUUAUACUGUUUUAUGAAACCGUUUACAUAUAUCUGUAUUAUCUUUCUUCCCACACGAUGGUGUCCGCACUAUUCACUUUAACAAGUGGUGAAAGCUGCAAUUAGUGUGUUUGGCAGCAGUAUUCAUGUGAAAUGUUACACAUUCUACACAUACACACGUUUGCACAAAUUUGUGUGUUGUGCUGAUGUGUGCGUGGGCCUUCAUUUCACUCGGUGGUGGCCUUUGAUUCACUGAUAAUGUGGUCAAGAUGUUACAGUACAAAAUAACCCUUAGGUCCAAAGCUUCUGACAACCAUUCUUGUAUUUGUGGUGCAUCAUGGCUUGCAAUAGCAGGUGGUCAAUAUUAUGAGAUCACUUUCAUUGAGAGCCACGGCAUCUCAGUUGCACUGCAGUUCAAGUUAGAUUUCACCAGUGUAAAUGUGUUCACUUUUACGCACCAAACUAAAGCCUUGUUUUGUUUCUCGUAUGUUCCCUGGCGUAUUCUUACUCGAUAUUCUACAAAGUUUGCCAACUUCUAUGAAGUUUUCUGUCAGUGUACUUUGUAUUUGGAACUUUGCUUUUUGAUAUUGUCGUGGUUGUCGUCUUUCGUGUUAACCUGUCAUCAGACAUAUGUUGUUACUGCAAAAAGCCCGUACACAGAGUUAGCAUUUUGUAGACGUCCUGAAUACUGUCUGGUGGUCAAUUCCCUCCAGUGUAAUGUGGCAGCAGCACCACCUGGAAGCAUUCACUCAAAGAAACCAUUAGGGCUUAUUAGAAUAUAAGAACCCCACCAUAUCUACGUACCCUUAUAUAGUACGUAGAUAGGGUCAUAUAUAUACAGUAUAUCCAAGCAGCUUGGUAUAUAUUCAGGAAAAGGCAGAAACUAUCUCAAUGUCUUUUGCUUUCGAAGGAGACAAGAAUGGAAAGAAUGGAGGAUCUUUCAUUUCCAACACGGGGGGAAAGCCAGGGUUGUUUCUUGUUGUUGUUGCUGUCACUUUGAGCUGCAUGGGGUGAAACAUUGUUGGAUCUGUUUUGUCAGCUGAGCGGUGGAAUGUGCUCAAGGCCAUUCAUUGCACCGAGAUAUGUGCUGAUGUAUUACAACCCCCUGUAUCUGUUUACAACCUCUCGUUUGAACUCAUGUAAUGUAAGUGCCAUGCUAUUUACAGUACAGUCCAUCAAUCCCCCAAUAUACACGUUAUUUUUAUUUUAUUUUGAGUGUUUCAACAUAAGAUAUGACAGGAGAAAAGGCUUGGGCAAUUCGAGGAAAAACGCAACAGUUUCAUAUUUUUUCCACUAGAGGGGGGUAGAUUGCUAUGUCUGGAUUCUCAGGGAUUCUUCAUGUCACUCGUGGAUUCAGCCGUUUUGGCACUAUCAUUAAGUAUUAACACGAAUGGCAUAGUGAUGUCAACGAAAUAACUUGCAAGUGUUUGCUAGUAUUUUCUCAUUUCUAUAUUGCCAUAAGCUUUGUUUGUAUUAUUAUUAUUAUUAUUAUUAUUAUUAUUAUUAUUAUUAUUAUUAUUAUUAUUAUUAUUAUUAUUAUUAUUAUUAUUAUUAAUGUCACCAUUAUCCAUACCCAAGAUGACAGGGUUUAAUGUCGAAACAUUAAUGUUUCAAAUUACUUCAGAAAAAGGUACAUUUCUGGUUUCCUUUGUUCAUAUCUGUUAGGCAUUGAUGUGUCCAUGUAUGGUGUGAUUGCUUUGCACUGUUUCCCACACCAUCACAGCUAAUGGUGAACGAGUGUCCCUCCACAUCCUGGCUCAUGCAUGCCAUAUAUUCCCAUCUGUGACAGCCGAGGAUGAAUGAUGGUUUCUGUAGUUGUGAUACAACACUCCCAGCGCUGUAAGAGUUCUGCACAUGCCCACUGUGUGGCCAGGCCAACUAUUGUAGUUUGCCUGCAGCAUUUUAAAUGUUUGCAAAAAAUAUAAUUGACAAUAGAAAUUCUAUUAUAAUUAUUAUCGUUAUUAUUAUCAAUUUUUUUCAGUUUUUGUGGGAAUUUGUGGCAGGUAUUCUAGGUGUGCUUUUCCUUUUGAAAUUUGAAGGUUUAUCAAGGUUGUUUCAAUAUUUAUAUCAGCCAAAAGUAGAUAAAUAGAGAAGAAGCCUGCUUAUCGAUUACAAACCUUAAGACGGAACGGAACCUUUGUUUUACUAUUAAUGUCUGUUAUUAGACAUUUCCUUUGAAAAUCAAUUGUUGGAUUGAAAUGCACAUGAAUCAUAUCGAGAGAUGGUACAGAUCUCUCCUCCUAUACAGCCAUCGUUGGAUGGAUGUGGAGCUUAGAUCAUCAUGUGUGACAACCUGUGAUGACCAGCACUCUAAGGGUUAAACUCCAAGGGACAGAUGGAGUAAUAUGUCAGAGUGAGGAAACAUCAGCUCCCUGAAGUUCCUAUGUAUUAAAGAUGUCCCCGUAUUAAUGAAUAAUACUGUUAUGUAUUCCAUUUAUUUCCUCGGAAAUACCACAAUGUGAAGAGAUCUGUGUUUUGCUUACUGUAGGACAGGAAUAGACCAACGAGGACGGUCGCUGUGCUCUUUAAAGAUAUUUCUACAAAUGUUUAAUGUUGAACUAUUAUUAUGAUAUUGUAUUUUUCUGGUUGGUUGGGCUGUUUUGCACUUAUUCACGAGCAGGUUGGCCUUUCGGAGCGAUGUGCUGCUCUGUUACACUGAAUGAAGAGGAACAGGCUGAUAUCAGCCCCAGAACCCGCAUGCUUCAAUAAAGAAAAACCAAUCACAGGA